AUGCAUGCUUUGCCUGAAAAAUUCGACCUACCCGUCACCUCUGAAAUAAGGUACAACUUCUACAACAGGGAAAACCAGAUAGUAGCUAUGGCUAGGAUUCCAAUAACCAUUGAAGAUGCGACUGGUACCAUUUUAGCUGUCGUCUAUGGCCAAGACGGUGAAAAGCUCAUCAGCCACACUGCUAUAGUUGUGGUGCACUUUAUCCUCAAGAAAGAUGAAUUUAAAUGUGCAAGGCAUGGAUUUGUUGGAAAAGUUACGGCCCAGAUGAAGGGGGCUCAUGUCAUGGCUUUUGUCCGGUCUUUUCAGGCAAAUGGCAAAGCCUACUCCGUGGUCAAGCUAUACGUGGAUGUUGCAUUGCCAGACUACAUACUUCCAGUUUCAGAAGAAUGCAUAACUCAGAAGUCACCACUUAGGACUCAGAUUAUGGNUUUUGCGCCAAAUCCUAAGGCGUACACUGAGGCAGCGGCUGGUGAAUCUAUGGGCAUAGAUGUUGAUCUUGCAUGUGAGCUCCUCACUGGGCGUGUCGUCGACUUCAAAGCUGAUAAGAGUGGCAUGAAGAAUGUGGGUGAUCUGCAGCACGGCGAGUGCAGCGGCACCUGUCCUACAAAAGAAAGUUGUGACCGAGCAGCUGAUAGUGGGUGGCGCGGUGAAGAAAGCACGCACAAGCAAGUGAUUCACCAUAAGUUAGGCGUCGAACUUUAG